AUGGGUAACGACGGAAUGGGGAAAGGGCCUAUCUGGGAAGUGAGGAAACUGCCACAGUCGGAUGAAAUUGGCCACAUUGGCAUGCGGAACACAACGAAACACUUGCAGAGGCGAAGAUUGUGGAACAAAGCAUUUACUACAGCUAGACUCAAGGAGUAUGAGCCUAUCAUCCGAAAUAGGCUACUGCAACUUUUGGAAUACCUCGAUAAUGAAGCAGACAAGGGGAGAGGUGUUGAUCUAGCACAGUGGAUAUCUCGCUUUUCAUAUGAUUUCAUGGGAGACAUGGCCUUCGGAGCAGGAUUUGAGUUGAUGCGAGAUGGUGAUAAGCAAGGUCUCUGGAAGACUAUGGAAGAUGGGGUUAUAUUACAUGCAUUGAUGCAACACAUAGUAUGGUUCGAUAAGCUCUUAUACAGCAUCCCCGGCAUGGCUGCUGCUGCUGCCUCCGCGACAAUGAAGUUGCAAGAUUUUGUUUCCAAGACGGCAACGGCGCGAAUUGAACGUGGUUCAGCAACCAUGGGACGCGAUAUCAGUAGCUUCCUGUUGGACGAAGGAAGCCCAGACCCGAAACCACUUCAUUUUGAUGCUUAUGCAAACGAGGCACUGUUGGCCGUCAUUGCAGGCUCGGAUACUACUGCGACCGCCUUGAGUUGUGCACUAUACCAUCUCAUUCAUGACAAGACGAUUUUCUCCCGGCUUCGAGCUGAGAUCGACGAUGCAUUCCCAAUUCAGAACGGCCAGGGUGCCCACGAAGAACCGGCCAAGUUGAUGAACAUGCCCUUCCUGAACGCUGUCAUUAACGAAACACUGCGAUUGUAUCCCCCCGUUCCUACCGACCUUCAACGUGCUCCGGAGCUGGGCAGCGGCGGGAAGGCCGUAGGAUCGAUAUUCGUCCCAGAGGGCACACCCGUCAUGAUCCCUCCUUAUGUUCUCCAUCGAGACCCAAGAUACUUCAGUCCCAACCCCGAAGAAUUUUUGCCAGAUCGUUGGAUUACUGAGGAUAAGAGUGUCGUAACGAACCGGGAUGCUUUCCUAGCUUUUUCCACAGGUCCUAUGAAUUGUGUCGGGAAGUCGCUCGCGCUACUAGAGCUUCGAGUUGUCCUUGCGACUAUGGUGCAAUGCUACGAUAUGGAAUUUGACAGGGAAGGAAAUUGGAAAGACGAACAGUGGUUAGAGGAUUUACAGGAUUACUUUGUGUUGAAGAAAGGUAAAUUGCCAGUUGUGCUGAAGAGGAGGGCGAAGUCUGCGUAG